AGAACUCUACUUCGUAAUGAACUUGUUCGUUGUUUCGUCAAUGCAUGAAAACAGAAACUCGUCAACAAAACGCUUUUAGAAAUAAACAUCAGCUAAACCACGAGUUUAUUGAACGCUUUGUAGUAGCUGACGCUCAUUGUUUUGACCAACUGUUCUGAUUUUUAUGGAUGGUUCCGGCUGGAGCAUCCACGUCUUGCUAUCUCCCAAAUACAACCAGGUGUCCCUAACUAACAAAAUCGUUGCUAACACCAAAAGGAGCUUUGAAAAAAGCGUGUUUGUAGUAGUGGACCUGUCACAAAAGCCUUUAAUAUGAGCGCAAGAAGGAAUGAAGCUGUUUUACGAGAUCUGAUCAAUUCAGUCCCGGGAAACACUUAUUGUGCAGAUUGCUUCACGAAAGGCGUUCAAUGGGCUAGCUGGAAUAUCGGCGUUUUUUUAUGUCUUCGAUGUGCCGGUAUCCAUCGUAAAUUGGGAACACACGUUUCCAGGGUAAAAUCAAUAUCCCUAGACGAAUGGACCCAGGAACAAGUAAACACCAUGCGAGAAUGGGGAAAUGAACGAGCAAAUCGCUAUUGGAAUCCGAACCCUUCAAAGCAUCCGCUUCCUAUGACCGCUAGUUAUGAUGAUCAAGCAAUGGAGCGAUACAUUCGUGACAAAUAUGAACGCAAGUUAUUUAUAGAUGAUGCGGCUUCAAGACGAGUUCCUCCUGCUCCGCCGUCCUUGCCAACAAGAACAACCUCAGUAGGAUCAAUAGCACCGCCUACGAAUGCUCCUCCUUCGUCUUCCGCUUCAUCUUUGGAGCCCGCUUUGAGUUCACUAGAUGAGAUGGGAUUCCGAGACAGAUCACUUAACACACAGUUGCUUAGAGAAUUCAACAAUGACCUUUCACGGGUGAUUGACAGACUUGUGAACCUUAAAACGGCGCCUUCCUCGAGCUCAGCUCCAAGUACAACGCUCGCGAAACCUUCUGCUUUGAAACCAUCGGCACGGCUGAAGAGACGCGGAAAAAAUCUCCAUGUUCAUUUUAUAGACGGUUCCAAACCCGGCGAAAACCUCGACGAGUCUGGUGAGACACGGGCUGCAUCGCCAACUCUGAAUCCUUUUGAACAGAUGAUGGCUAUGGCUAAUCAGGGAAUGGUUACAGCUCCUGGGGUCGAGACAACUUCAAGUCCUUUCUUUACAGCACCCGUUGGUCCUCAUCAGCCUUUGCAACCUUUGCGUCCUUCGAUGACGGGACCGGUGCCUUCUCAACCGCUAGGAAGCUCGUUUGCUAACGAAAAUGUCGGCAUACUUUCGUCCCCACAGCAAGACGUGAAUACACAACAACAACAACAACAACAAGCGUCCUAUGGUUACGAUGCAACACAAGGAGUUGUGCCGCAAAUGACCGGCACCUCGUAUAUGCAGCCUACUUCCAUUCCCAACAACUAUUACAAACGGCCUAUGGAGACGGCACCCGUGACCAACACAUACACGGGAGGCAACAAUAGCAACAACUAUUCAAACGGCUACUCUGCGUACAAUGCGUCUUCUAACGCGAACGAGGUUCAGUCUAGCAAUGCCGUGGAGUUCCCUGAUAUGAGCAAACUGUACAUUAGUGAACCGCCUCAACAAGCAUCUGUACAACAACAAGAUGUCCCAUCGGCCCCUCCAAAUAAUUACUUGAAGCCCAACAUGACUGGAAUGCCUAGUUCUAUGCCUAGUCCUGAGCCACAGACAAGUGCUACAAACUACUGGCAAUCAGGUCAGACUUCUAGCAUGGUUCCUCAAGAGUCUAAUUACUAUACCGCGCCUUCUAUGUCGGUACCGCAGAAUGACAAUUAUGGUAUGAUGAACCAGGUAUACCCCCAACCCACCGGAAUGGUGCAACAGCCAAUGCAGCCUCAAUACAGUUAUGGUCAGACGCCGAUGCAACAACCAAUGCAACCACAAAUGACUCCUGCUGUAUCCAUCUCCAUGUCGAAUGGGGACUGGGGCUACUCAUACAACAACAAUCCUAUGCAAAACCAACCGAUGAAUUAUGGCAGCAACAUGGGUUACGAGCAACCACAAAUGAAUAAUGGUUCGUACUAUCCAAAUGUAAUGUCUAACGGUUACAUGGGCAUGCAACCUGGCAUGCAGACUCCUGGAAACAUGCAACAGUACAUGCCUGCCUCUGGUAUGAAUCAACCUAAUGGCAUGAUGCCUACCAACACAGGCGGUGCCCCACAAAGCUCCUCAACAACUGGUGAUGCCUACAUCCAAAGUCUUAUGCAUGGAAAGCACUAGAUGAAAAAGUCAAGACGUAUUUCGUAAUGAUACGAACUUGUCUAACACAUCAUGACGGCGCUACCUGUGGACACACCUAGAAGAACAGGUUCGUCGUUUAUAUCCUUGAGAUGCCUUUCUCCGUUUCAUUUUUUAUUUCCCUUACUUCUCUUCACACGUACAGACACAUACAACACAUACACGCACGACCUUUAUUCUUUUUUCUUUAUUUUUCCCAUGCAAGCAUCCCGAUGAAAACGUGCAUUCAUGCAUUGACCCUGCAGUUCCUGCACCAUGUACUCGAUCCUUUGGUCGUAUACACACACGCACACUCACAUCCAUGCGCUCCUGUCUCUAUUGAUACCUUCGUUCGUUCAGAACAUCUGCCACAUGCGUUACUGCUUAAACUCUUUCACUACUCUCGUUACGUUACACCCCUUUUUCGCUUGAUGUUUACAUUCUACAUUUUUGAAAGCGCUCAUAAUGUCUUUCCUUACCUUAUGGGCGUUUUACUUGUACUGACGUGAGUUACAUACACCGUUGCACCAUCCAACCUCCCGUUAGAUUGACCUUGUGAGCGUGCGUGUGUCUGUGCGUUUGCGGUCUUUGUGCAUGUUGAUUCUUCACGACGAAUUUUGACCAGGCCAUGAACGUAUAUGAAGUGGUAAAAUAAUGAUCAGUUUUGAGAACUAGAGAAUAGACAGGGAAGUUUCGGGGAGAUCUACAGCUGGUUUAAUGAGGUAGUUUACGCAAAGGAGAGCGGUAUCAAGGGAAAUUUAUUGACAUUGAAGGGGUAUCUCUGUCACUCGGUUAAGGUGAUUCCGAUCAGUGCUGAGUGUCGGAUUCUACGGUUCAAGCUUGUUGAUGCCAUUAGUGACAAGACUACUUGGACUCUUCUCUGUAGCCUUUGGGCGUGCAGACUCUGAAUUCUCUUAUCUUUACGACUAUUUGCUGUUCAUAUACCAUUCCAUAAUUUCAUCACAAUAUUGAUCACCAAUGUAAAACAUGUAUUGAAACUACGAAAUCUAAUUCUAGAAUUCACAUCACGCGUAAUGACUCAACUCCGUCCGAUGUUCU